UGGGGCGUCGGGCGGAUGACAGCGGGAACGGUUGUGAUCACUGGCGGAAUCCUAGCUACGGUCAUUCUCCUCUGCAUCAUCGCCGUCCUGUGCUACUGUAGGCUCCAGUAUUACUGCUGCAAGAGGAGCAGAGCCGAGGAUGCACGCGAGGAGGAGGAGGAGGAUCACGACCUGCCCGCACACCGCAGAGGCCCCACCUGCAAUGCCUGCAGCUCCCAGGCCCUGGACGGCCGAGGCGGCCUGGCGCCUCCCACCAGAGAGCCCUGCGGCCAGCCGUGCGGGGUGGCAGCCAGCCACUGCACUGCCUGCUCCCUAUACAGCUCUCCCUUUUACAUACGGACGGCUGACAUGCUGCCCAACGGGGGCGGAGGCGAGAGGCUCUCCUUUGCUCCCACAUACUACAAGGAGGGGGGACCCUCAUGCCUCCAACUGGCAGCGCCCCAGAGUUACCCGGUGACGUGGCCAGGCUCUGGCCGUGAGGCCUUCACCAAUCCAAGGGCUAUUAGUACAGACGUGUAA